AUGCCCUUUCUAGCACGGAGAAAAUUCAGGAACAGCAUCAAUGUUGUAAUUAUAGUGGUUGUUGUCGUGGUUACGUUUGGGGCGCAUGCCUACGUGCCAGUUUGUUACAACAUUGUACGCCGAAGUGCAGACGCUUUCAGACUUGAGUAUAGUUCCUUGUAUAAAAGACACGCUGACAGUUUCGAGGCAGCCUCAUCAGCCACCAAGUUUCUGUUCGCCUUUUUGCCAUUGAUGGCGAGUUUGUUGGCGAACAUUCUUCUCUUGGCGUAUCUGAAACUUCACGCCAGGAACACAAAGAAUCUCCGGAUGGCCUCUAAAACAGACGAGACAUUUAGUCGACAGAACAGGCAGGUGACCCUCAUUGUGUUGGUGUCCAGUGUGUCGUUUACCUUGUUUUCAUUGCCUGCAAACAUCCACCUCCUGGCCACGUCGUAUACUACCCAGUAUGGCUACAACCAGAAGGAACACUAUCUCUUCAUGGUCAUCCAUGAGUCUUUGCUGGGGUUACUGACGCUUGGGGACAUUGCGAAUUUUCUCUCCUAUUUAAUCCUGAGUUCAGCGUUCAGAAGCCAGUUGCGCUCAACUUUGCUAACUAUGAUACAGCUACGAUCUCAGCGUUCAGCUCUCGCUGUGAACCAAAGUACUUCAUUCUCGUCUUCAUGUACUGUUCGCACCAUUACAAGAUCAUCCAGCGCUGGAACAAAUGCGACAGAAUAA